UGCAGGUUUAUGAUGGCUUUGAAUCGUAUUCCGUAAGAUUUAGGAUUUCAGUGUGACUAUCUAAUACCAAAACAGCUCAAGGACCAGUUUUGGUUUUGUCAGAACUCCGGGAAAGCAAAACGGCAAAAGAAGUUAUGCAAAAGGUUUUGUUGUCUUAGGAGUGACGAUAUUCAAACAAAGCCUGUUUGCCAUCUCUCGACUUAUGAAAUAUAUUAAGAUUUAGACCUUGGCAACUACCAUCCCGAAUGAUGUACGAAGCUUAGAAGGGUAAGCUUAGAAGUGGUCUGGAAAUCAUUGAAAAGUGAGGAUUGUAGCAACCAAAGUGUCUCGAGUCAUCCUAAGAAUGAGGGAUCUUGGGGCGAGUGCGGGUAGUCUCAGUAGAACGUACUCUUGUUCAUCUGAUCACUCGACCCAGCCAACGCCAUCGCAUCGCUCCGCCUCACAAGAAGCCGUGCGGCUAAUGGGACACUUGGAGGAAGAAGAAUUGAAGAGGAUUAGGUCAGACAGUACCAAGCCGUGGCUGCAGGGUCCGCUAUCUUUGUCUAGACAAAGCUGUAGGUUUGAGCUCCCCAUGGACAUGAAAGUAUUGGAAAACUUGUCACCUCUGGAAUACGUAUCCUUAUACUGUCGCAUCAACAGCCGCAGGAGAACUCUGUUCAGACAUUAUUUCACAAAGAACGAUAAAGAUAAAGACGGAUUUAUAAACCACAGGGAGCUACUAAAAGCUCUCAGGGACCUUUACGCGCAGAGUAUCACGGUUGAGCAGGUUAAUGCUAUAUUAGGAAUGCUGGAAAUCGAAGAAAUGUCUAAGAAAAUAGAUUUGAGCAAGUUCUUGGCGAUUGCGGCUUUCUCGGAGAGAUUUCUUUACUGUUUCUUCAACAGCAUGGUACAGGAUGUUUCAGAGAAGAGGACUGUCUUGGAAGAGACGGACUUCGGGGCUCUGACGUGGAAGCUCGAGGGGUGUACCAUCAGUGACAGCAUGAGGAAGUUAUUAAGGGUGCUUUAAAGACUAUCAAAAGACUUUUUCAUACAGAAAUAGUUCAAGGAUCAAGAAUCUGCUGUAGAUAGAUGUACUCUCACAAGUAUACCAUGUGUAUUUUGAUUAAACCAAACGUCUACUUGCA